AUGAAGUAUGGGGAAAUUGCCAACAUAAACCUAGUACGCGACAAAAAGACUGGCAAGACGAAAGGCUUCUGUUUUAUUUGUUAUGAGGACCAAAGAAGUACAGUUCUUGCUGUGGAUAAUUUUAAUGGCACUAAGCUACUGGGUCGUAUAUUGCGAGUUGACCAUGUGGCAGAUUAUCGCAAACCGAAAGACGAUGAUACUUUAGAUGAUCUGACAAAGAAGAUUAGAAUGGAAGGAUGUGCACCAAAAACGCCUCCUCCAUCAUCACCAUCUUCGGAAGAUGAAGAAGAAGAAUUACACACUAAAACAGUGAAAAAAGACAAACACAAAGAAAAGAAGGCAAAGAAGAAAAAGAGGGAACUUAAGUCAAGAGACACAAUUGUUGAAUCAUCAUUAUCAAAAUAUAGCAAAGAUAAAAAAAGGAGAAAAGAAAGAGAUGAAGACAAAAGUCAAGAAGAUGAGCAGAAAAAAUAUAAACGAUCCAAAGAUAAUGUUGAGCAGGAUAGAAAGAUGAGAAGAGAAGACACAGAACAUGACCAGAAAUCGCGGAGAAGAGACAGCAAUGAAAAAAAGAUGGCUAGAGAUAAGGAUAGAUACAGAGAUCAUCACAGUAACAGAGACAGGGACAGGGAUGGGGGUCCUAGAGACAAUGACGCCAGAGACAGGGAGCGCCAUUAUAGAGAUGAAGAGAGGCACAGAGAUAAGGAGAGUCAUCACAGGCAUGGGAAUAGGGACAGAGAUGGAGGAAGUCAUCACAAAUACAGGGAGAGCUCUAGAGAUAGAGGAGUCCACAGAGACUCUGACAGACACAGAGACAGAUACUUGGAUAGUCAUAAAUAUAAAUAA